AUGGUUUGCCAUUUGAUGGCAACCGUUGUAUUGACUCAACAAUGGAUUCUUAAGAUAAUGAGCAAUACUUACGAGGAAACCAUAGAUGAGAUGAUAAUUGAAUUAAAUGGCAUAAAAGACGGUGCAAUCGAUUCCUCCAGAGCUGACGUCCACGACCUCCUCCAAGACGCCAGUCAUUCAAGUGUCCAAUCAGUCGACGGACGCAAAGUUGUGAUCAAUUUGAACUUCAACAAAAACAGUGAAUUCAUUGAGUCUUCAGUUUGUGAUAAAAGUGGUGAUGAAAACGACGAGCCGGACAACAGCCGGCGCUCACCUGACGGCCCCCCUCGCCGGCCGUCCAGUGGUAGCGCUUCCGACGCUCGCAGUCAUAGCAGUGGUGCCAAUGAGUCCAAUGAGAGCGCCGAUAGCUCUCAGCGGCCGUCCAACCAAACGUUCAAAUGCCGGCCCACACGGCGUACGAUCUCCGAGUCCUCUAACGAGGCGAUAGCGCGAGGAAUACUGAAAUACCCGCACAAUUGGAUCCGUCGCACGGUUUCUGAGUCGAGCUGUGAUGUGAUCGUCGAAAAUGGCUCCGACUUUGAUCUCCUGUUCUCAUCGGUCGAAGACAUCUACAGCGACGACGACAUCGCCGGCGAGCACCAGAUGGGCGCCAAGAAGAACGUGCGCUUCAGUGACAACGUCUCCAAAACCAUAUAUCGGCCGAACUCUAGUAUUUUGGGCCGAAAGCUGAAGAACCAAAAGCGCUCGAAAGCGCGUAAGAAUUCCCACCGAAAGGAUAGUUUGACGGAAAAUGUGUCCAAAAUCCCACCACCGAAGGGGAGGCCCGCGAGGGGCAGAGGGCGGGGAAGGGGUCGACCCCCUGGAAGACCCCCUAAGAAGACGACCGCAAAGAAGAGACCGGAGAAGAGCAGCAAAAAGCAGACGAUUGACGACAAGAGCGACGACAUCGCCGCUGAUAUCACUGGCCAUCAGUCGGUCGACAGUCACUCGCGGAUCAAGUCUGAGACCAUUGAGUUUGACGAGAAUCUGGACACCGAGUCGUUGACCACUCACGCCAUCGCAUCGUUCGUGAGUCCGGGCGCUCAGCCGUUGCACAGAAACGAAGCGCUGAACUGGAAAUAUAAGGUUAAUCUGAUCGGAGAGAAAGUGGUUAACCCGCGGAUCCAUUGCUGCGACAAAUGUCUGCUUCCGAUUCUGGUCUACGGAAGAAUG